GCUCUCGAGAACAUGCAGCUAAAUGCAACCAAGGACCUACCAAGAAUAAAGGGUGAUAUAUUAUUAGGUGGUUCUGGGCUGUGAAAUGAACAGGCCAGACUAACAUCUGGAAAGAGAGCGAGAUGACUUUGCACCACAAGAAAGCGAGAGAGAAUUAUCUGUCACACGCUGGGUAGGCGGAAGUUGUUGGCAAACCAACGCGACUUUGCUUUUCUCAAGGAAGCUCAGACGUCAGUAGAGCAACGUCUCUUCCCCGGGGCUCAUAAUCUGGAGCAGGAAAAAGGACCCACGCUACGGACCCCCUGUGUGGAUGCAAACCUCACACCUGAAGCCGGGAUGUCUCUCAAAUUUUCUCGUCACUGGGAUUUCCAUCUGAAGAAGGAAAUAUCCAAAAUAGUUCGCUCGCAGAGCAUGAUGGCUGUUGAUGCAAAAGGCUCCAGCACUUGGCUUCAGCCCCCCAACCCUCUGGAGCGCCCCUUGAAAACUGGCUGGCUGAAGAAGCAGCGAUCCAUCGUCAAGAACUGGCAACAGAGGUUCUUCGUGCUGAAGGGGCAGCACCUGCAUUAUUACAAGGAAGAGGACGACCUGAAGCCCCAGGGUUCCUUACGACUUCAGGGCUGCACCAUCAGAGAAGUGGCUUCUGGGUCCGAUGAAGCUGGAAAAUUUAUCUUUGAAAUCAUUCCAGGGCUUUCAGGAGAGCAAACUCGAACUGGGCCAGACUCCUUUGUGCUGAUGGCGAAUUCUCAGGCUGACAUGGAGGAGUGGGUCAAGCUGCUGCGGAGAGUGGUUGGCUCCCCAUUAGGAGUGGUCUUUGGACAACAGCUGGGGGACACCAUGAUGUAUGAACAGCGAUUUGGGCAGCAUCAGGUUCCUAUCUUGGUGGAGACGUGUGCAGAAUUCAUCCGGAAGAAUGGCCUGAGUGAGGAAGGUGUUUUCCGACUGCCUGGCCAAGACAAUUUGGUGAAGAAACUGCGGGAUGCAUUCGAUGCCGGAGAGAGACCUUCGUUUGACCAAGACACGGAUGUGCACACCGUGGCUUCUUUGUUUAAGCUUUACCUACGAGAACUUCCUGAACCGGUCGUUCCUUGGAGCCAAUACGAGGAGUUUCUCUUGUGUGGUCAACUUCUAACGUCGGAUGAAGGCAAGGGUCACCCACAACUAGUGAAGCAGCUGGCACAUUUACCCCCGGACAACUAUAACCUUCUGAGUUACAUCUGCCGGUUCCUGCAUGAAGUCCAGCAGAGUUCUGACACCAACAAGAUGAGUGUGGAGAACCUGGCAACCGUGUUUGGGGUGAACCUCAUCCGGCCCCAGAUGGAAGAUCCAGUGACGAUUAUGAGAGGGACUCCCCAGAUUCAGAAAGUGAUGACCACAAUGAUCAGUGACCACGAGAAGCUCUUCCCAGGGGUCAAAGAUGCAAGGCCUUCUCCGCCUCCCUCCGAAAGCAGUUCCACCAAAGCUCCGGUGCUUCGGAGUUCCGUCGGUUGGGACGCUGUACAGAGGCCAUCCAUGACCUGGAGAGACAACAAGAGCCUGUUGCAAAUUAAAGACGAUCUCGAAGCUUCCAACUCCAAAUUAAGCGACGGUUUGGCUCCAUCGGCAGAAGAUGAAGGAGAACCUCAGUCUAGGGAGACCCAGGCCAUGCGAAAGAGGACUCAGACAGUUCCAAACAGGAAAUGCAUUGAGAGUUUUUCUUCCAACAGGCGGCACCAAAACAUGGACAGAAGUGACAUUUUCAGUAGCAACUUUUGGUCAUCAUCAUCCUCUUCAUCCAUGGUCCAGCCCGGUCCUAAUUCUCCCUCAAGAGGUCACAAAAGAACUUUGUCUCAGGGAAUUUCUAAACUGUUUAGCUUCACACAACCUUCAGACUCUGGCAGUCUCUGCAGCGUAGAGCAGGGUGCCGCAAGUGAGGCCGACCAGAGUUCUUCAGGCCAACGAGGAGAAGAUUUUGGAACGUGUUUACAAGUGAAUGACCCUCCCAGGUCUAAAGAAAAUGGCACCACGAUUCUGGAGGUCCCGUUUGAGGUGGACAACGUUUAUCCAGAAGAUCCUGAACUGCUUAAGAAGAUGAUAGCGGAGCUGAAAGGGGAGAUGGUGGCACAGAAAAAUAGCUACGAGGAGCAAAUGAGAAGCCUUGAGAAGGAAAACUUUGAAGUCUGGACCAAAGUGCUGAGGCUUAAUAAAGAGAUGGAAGAAGAAAAGACUAAAUUUGCAGAGCUGGAAUCUGAGCUCCAGAACCUUAAACAUUCCAGGAAGGUCAACGAGGAGAACCAACACGACAAAGACUUGUUGAAGUCCACAGGCCAGGUGCCUGCAAAGACAGAGUGUGCAGAACAACUGUGAUUCCUCUCUGGCAAAGGACCGGUGUACUUACACUUGUGUAAAUUCAAUACAGAACCCCUGGUGGGUUCACCAAAGCUGGAAUUCCGUUCUCUCAGGAUGGUUGAUUCUGGCGGCUCUGUGUAUAUUACUUUUUCAACUAAGACUUUUUAUUCCUGUUUGCGAAUGAUAAAAACAAAAUACAGAGGUGUCUUAAAUAAGUAAACUUGCUAUCUGGCUGUA